AUGGAAAAUUUGUUCAAAAAAUGGUUUUUAUCAGAAAAACCUACUGGAACAAAUGUUUCUGAUUUAGAUAGCAGCGUCAAUCCAAAACUUUCAUUACAGAGGUUACUACGUCAUAAACUCACAAAAAGAGAUGUUUUACAUUACUCUUUUCUAGGCUCAGUAAUGUUAUUUGUCUUCAUUUCAAAUCCUGCGCCAUGGAUUUUCAAAAUCCUAUUUUAUUUAUGCUUAGCAACAUUAUUUUUAUUACCAAUUACAUCACAGUUUUUUUGGAGUGCUUUGCCAAUUUUAACCUGGUUAGCUUUAUAUUUCACUUCAUCUCAUUUUCCAGCAGAGAAAAGACCAAAAAUUACUGUUAAAGUAUUGCCAGCUGUGGAAACUAUACUAUACGGUGAUGACUUGAGUGAUAUCUUAGCCGCAUCAACAAAUUCUUUUUUUGACUUAUUGGCCUGGUUGCCUUAUGGUAUCUUUCAUUUUGGUGCACCUUUUGUUGUUGCUGCAAUAAUUUUUCUCUUUGGCCCACCAACAGUUUUAAGAGGUUACGCUUUUGCUUUUGGCUAUUUAAACCUAAUAGGGGUUAUUAUACAAAAUGUAUUCCCAGCUGCACCACCAUGGUACAAAAAUAUGUACAAUUUACAAGCUGCACACUAUGGUAUGCAUGGCUCCCCAGGUGGGUUAUCUCGGAUAGACAAAUUAUUUGGUAUUAAUUUAUAUUCAUCUGCCUUUGCGAACUCAUCGGUUAUAUUUGGUGCUUUUCCAUCAUUACACUCUGGUUGUGCCACAAUGGAAGCUCUAUUCUUUUCUUACUGCUUUCCAAAACUAAGACCUUUAUUUAUUUUCUACCUUUGUUGGCUGUGGUGGUCAACUAUGUAUUUGACUCACCACUACUUUGUCGAUCUUAUGGCAGGAUCAGUAUUAGCUUAUGUGAUAUUUCAAUAUACCAAAUAUACCCACUUACCCAUAGUUGAUACUGAUCUAUUUUGUAGAUGGUCCUACUCAUCGGUUUCUACUUUUGAUAUUACAAAGAACAAUCCAUUGAACGAAGACUCAAAUGAUAUAGAAAGUGUACCACUAACAAGUCUAGAAAAUAAUUAUGAAUUAGGGAUAAGGAGAGAAUCGAGUAGAAGCUCGUCGAUCUUUGAAGUUCCUCUUGGUUCUCUUUCAUCUUCAACUUCUAAUACAUCUUUAAGUGAAUUUAAUGAUGACUAUAGAACGACUUCCCCAAGAUUGAACAAAUAUAGAAAUGACUAA